CUUGCUGGUCUCAGACUCAGAGAUGCCCUCCCUGAUCUGCCUUGGCUGUGACCUGCAGGGGGCUGAGGCCAUUGUGAUGGGGCUAUGUGGACCUCCAGGCCCCCUGUGGGCCCCUCUGAGGAAACGGCCUGGCAUACCCACUGCCCACCCCAGUGCUUGCUCUUCUGCUUCAGGCCUACUGGCCUCCCAGCACUGCCUGCCCCUCCCUGUCGGGGGACAUCGCCUCCACACCGGCUGGGGAAGGAGGCCAGGGGUGGGGCUGGUGGGUGGGGCAGGCAGAGAAGUAAGAGGGAAGUGAGAAGCCGGGUGGAGCAGGCUGGAAGGAAGACGAACCUACGAAGCAGAAGUAGGAGCAAGAAAGGAAGAUCUGAAGACAGCAUGUACACAGCCAUUCCCCAGAGUGGCUCUCCAUUCCCAGGCUCAGUGCAGGAUCCAGGCCUGCAUGUGUGGCGGGUGGAGAAGCUGAAGCCAGUGCCCGUGGCAUGAGAGAACUAGGGUGUCUUCUUCUCGGGGCACUCCUACCUAGUGUUGCACAAUGGCCCAGAAGAGGUUUCCCAUCUGCACCUGUGGAUAGGUCAGCAGUCAUCCCGGGAUGAGCAGGGGGCCUGUGCUGUGCUGGCUGUGCACCUCAACACGCUGCUGGGAGAGCGGCCUGUGCAGCACCGCGAGGUGCAGGGCAAUGAGUCCGACCUCUUCAUGAGCUACUUCCCACGAGGCCUCAAGUACCAGGAAGGUGGUGUGGAGUCAGCAUUUCACAAGACCUCCACAGGAGCCCCAGCUGCCAUCAAGAAACUCUACCAGGUGAAGGGGAAGAAGAACAUGUGCACUGAGCGGGCACUGAACUGGGACAGCUUCAACGCUGGGGACUGCUUCAUCCUGGACCUGGGCCAGAACAUCUUCGCCUGGUGUGGUGGAAAGUCCAACAUCCUGGAACACAACAAGGCGAGGGCUGGCAAAGCCCAGGUGGAGAUUGUCACUGAUGGGGAGGAGCCUGCUGAGAUGAUCCAGGUCCUGGGCCCCAAGCCUGCUCUGAAGGAGGGCAACCCCGAGGAAGACCUCACAGCUGACAAGGCAAAUGCCCAGGCCGCAGCUCUGUAUAAGGUCUCUGAUGCCACUGGACAGAUGAACCUGACCAAGGUGGCCGACUCCAGCCCCUUUGCCCUUGAACUGCUGAUAUCUGAUGACUGCUUCGUGCUGCACAACGGGCUCUGUGGCAAGAUCUAUAUCUGGAAGGGGCGAAAAGCGAAUGAGAAGGAGCAGCAGGCAGCCCUGCAAGUGGCCGAGGGCUUCAUCUCGCGCAUGCAGUACGCCCUGAACACUCAGGUGGAGAUUCUGCCCCAGGGCCGUGAGAGUCCCAUCUUCAAGCAAUUUUUCAGGGACUGGAAAUGAGGGUGGGCGUCUUCCUGCCCCAUGCUUCCCUGCCCCCCACCGCCUGCCUACUUGCUUCUCUGGCUGCCUGGUCAGUGCAGAGGUGCCCCCUGCAGGUGUUCAAUAAAGGAGAUAAGUGCUUUCCCAGCUCUUUUCCUGCA